GGGCUCAACAUUCUAGAACAUACAGAGCUCUGUUCUAACUCGCGAACUGUUACCAAGAUACAGAUUACGUUACCAUCAGUCGCAGCCACACGUUAGCCAGUGUUAUAUACACCAUCAGAGCGACACAGUAAUUAAAAACUCAACAUGAGGGUGCGGUCCAAACUGCUCUCUCUGAUGCAUCUAGACAAGACGUACUGUCUGCUAACAGUCAGGCAUGUCAAGAUCUCCCAAACUUACUUCAGUCUGAUGGACAUACACGGCAACAGCUCAAUGAACGACGUCCAGAUGUACUGUUUCCUGCGGCUGGUCACUGACCUGAAGAAGGACGAGAUCUACCAGCUGUUCGACAUGCUGGACGUGGACGGAUCCGGGCAGCUCGAGUUCUCCGAGUUCUUCAUCCUCGUCUGUCUGCUCAUCGCCGUACAGGAUCAUGUAGAGAAACAGUUCAUCUACCGCCACUGUCGGACCAUCUUUGGACUGAUCGACAUCGAUGGCAGUAACACCAUCACUCCGGACGAGUUCCGGGCUCUCACGUACCUCUUCGACUUCAAGAAAAGAGCCAUGAACGAAAUCUUCUAUGAAUUCGACAUCUCAGGAGACCAGGAGCUGGACUAUCGGGAGUUCCGCCUGUUCGCCAUGGCCUGUAUCGACAAACAACAGGAACUGGAGAAGGAGAUGUUACAGAAAGCCGAGGAGAUGCGGGAAAAGGCUUUGGAAAAAGAGGAGAAGAAACAAGAACUGAAGGAGAGACUUGAAGAAAAGGGAAUCAUAGCUUAUUGUGUCAUUCAAUGACAACAAUAUGUAGUUGGACUGCAACAUGUUGGGAUGUUUUAGAUCUUGUUAUCCCAUCAAAAUUUCUAUAGUAAUAAAGAGUCUUCUAAUGUCCUGUAUUUCCUCCACUUUGUCCUGAAUUUUUGUAUUGCACUUAGCUAGUCCAAUGCUAGACGUUAGGCCAUGGCCAUGUUGAUUUGAUUAUAUGGAUGACA